UUGUGGAUUCGUUUCAAAGCUAUUUCUCUAAAGCGUCCUUUGCAGCUAAGGAGAACGAACUCUCACUCACUCUUCAUCGGUUUGUCCUUGCAAUAGUAUAUAUGAAUGUAUUGUGCAAGAUUUGUUCUCUUAAUUUUGUCGUGUUCAAGGUUUGGAUUCUAAUGGAAGUGUAUGAGAAUUCGGUUAUGGGUUUUUUAUUUAUGUUUUACUUGAUACGGGAAUUGUUAAAUUUUAGUCCGAUUCAAGCUGCGGAGACAAAGUGAAAGUAGAAGUUGCUUUAGGUGACAAGGGGAAAGAUGAAUCCUGAUAAAUUCACGCACAAGACCAAUGAGGCACUUGCUGAGUCUCAUGAGCUGGCAAUGAACUCCGGUCAUGCCCAGUUCACUCCUCUUCAUCUCGCUGUGUCUUUAAUAUCAGAUCCUACUGGCAUCUUUAGACAAGCUAUUGCUAAUGCUGGUGGUGAAGAUGCUGCAAAGGCAGCAGAAAGAGUCUUCAAUCAGGCCUUGAAGAAACUCCCAUCCCAGACACCUCCUCCAGAUGAAUUCCCAGCAAGUACCUCUCUCAUUAAGGUGAUCAGGAGAGCUCAAGCUGCACAAAAAGCUCGCGGUGACACACAUUUGGCUGUUGAUCAGUUAAUAUUAGGCCUUCUGGAAGAUUCCCAGAUUGGGGAUUUGUUGAAGGAGGCUGGUGUUUCUCCUGCAAUGGUGAAAUCUGAGGUUGAAAAGCUUAGAGGGAAAGAAGGGAAGAAGGUGGAAAGUGCCUCUGGGGAUACUACAUUUCAAGCUCUGAAGACUUAUGGGAGAGACCUUGUUGAAGAUGCUGGAAAGCUUGAUCCUGUUAUUGGCCGAGAUGAAGAAAUCAGAAGGGUUAUAAGGAUUCUUUCGCGGAGAACUAAGAACAACCCUGUACUGAUUGGAGAGCCUGGAGUUGGUAAAACUGCCGUUGUGGAAGGCUUGGCUCAGAGAAUUGUGAGAGGGGAUGUGCCAAGUAAUCUUGCUGAUGUUAGGGUGAUUGCAUUGGAUAUGGGAGCUCUAGUGGCUGGAGCAAAGUAUAGAGGAGAGUUUGAGGAGAGGUUAAAGGCUGUGUUAAAAGAAGUGGAAGAUGCAGAGGGAAAAGUUAUACUGUUUAUCGAUGAGAUACACCUUGUUCUUGGCGCUGGUAGGACAGAGGGGUCUAUGGAUGCGGCUAACCUUUUCAAGCCAAUGCUUGCAAGAGGUCAGCUUCGGUGCAUUGGUGCUACUACGCUCGAGGAGUACAGGAAAUAUGUGGAGAAAGAUGCUGCAUUCGAGAGAAGAUUCCAACAAGUCUAUGUGGCAGAGCCUAGUGUUCCUGACACAAUCAGCAUCCUUCGAGGGUUGAAAGAGAAGUAUGAGGGCCAUCAUGGUGUUCGAAUCCAGGACCGAGCUCUUGUGGUUGCGGCGCAGCUGUCUAGCCGAUAUAUCACUGGGCGCCAUCUCCCUGACAAGGCGAUUGAUUUAGUUGAUGAAGCCUGUGCAAAUGUGAGGGUCCAGCUUGAUAGUCAGCCUGAAGAAAUUGAUAAUCUUGAAAGGAAGAGAAUACAAUUGGAAGUUGAACUUCAUGCACUUGAGAAGGAGAAGGAUAAAGCUAGCAAAGCUCGACUUGUUGAAGUCCGAAAAGAGGUCGAUGAUCUCAGGGAUAAGUUACAGCCUUUAUUGAUGAAAUACAGGAAGGAAAAAGAAAGGACUGAUGAGAUCAGAAGGCUCAAGCAGAAGCGAGAGGAGCUCCUGAUUGCUCUGCAAGAGGCAGAGAGAAGAUAUGAUUUAGCCAGAGCUGCAGACUUGCGAUAUGGGGCAAUUCAGGAAGUUGAAGCUGCGAUUGCACAGUUGGAAUCUAACACUGAUGAGAACGUAAUGUUAACAGAAACUGUGGGGCCAGAACACAUUGCAGAAGUGGUGAGCCGAUGGACUGGCAUUCCUGUCACUAGGCUUGGCCAAAAUGAGAAAGAGAGAUUGAUUGGUCUCGCUGAGAGGUUGCAUAAGAGAGUAGUAGGACAAGACCAAGCAGUGAGUGCUGUCGCUGAGGCUGUAUUGAGGUCAAGGGCAGGACUAGGAAGGCCACAACAACCUACUGGUUCCUUCCUUUUCCUUGGUCCAACAGGUGUUGGUAAGACUGAACUUGCCAAGGCCCUCGCUGAACAGCUUUUCGAUGAUGAGAAUCUUCUAAUCAGAAUAGACAUGUCUGAGUACAUGGAGAAGCACUCUGUGUCUCGGCUUAUUGGUGCUCCUCCAGGAUAUGUUGGUCAUGAGGAAGGAGGCCAACUUACAGAGGCUGUAAGGCGUAGACCUUACAGUGUUGUGCUGUUUGAUGAGGUGGAAAAGGCACACAUUUCUGUAUUCAAUACUCUUCUUCAGGUUUUGGAUGAUGGAAGGUUAACAGAUGGCCAAGGACGCACUGUCGACUUCAGGAACACAGUGAUAAUCAUGACUUCAAAUCUUGGAGCGGAGCACCUCCUCUCAGGACUUACAGGCAAAUGUUCAAUGCAAGUUGCUCAUGAGCGUGUUAGGCAAGAGGUGAAGAUGCACUUCCGGCCAGAGCUGCUGAAUCGGCUUGAUGAGAUUGUUGUUUUUGAUCCUCUAUCCCAUGAGCAGUUGAGGAAAGUAGCUAGGUUACAGUUGAAGGAUGUUGCUAGCCGCCUUGCUGAGAGAGGAAUUGCGUUGGCUGUUACUGAUGCUGCAUUGGAUUAUAUACUGGCCGAGAGUUAUGAUCCUGUAUAUGGUGCUCGUCCUAUAAGGAGAUGGCUUGAGAAGAAGGUGGUGACAGAGCUAUCAAGGAUGCUGAUACGUGAGGAGAUUGAUGAGAAUUCAACUGUCUACAUUGAUGCAGGACCAAAUGGGAAGGACUUGGUCUACCGCGUGAAGAAAAACGGUGGACUUGUGAACGCGGAAACUGGGCAGAAAUCUGAUGUGCUGAUUCAAAUACCCAAUGGACCAAGGAGUGAUGCUGCUCUGGCCGUGAAAAAGAUGAUGAUCCAAGAGGUGGAUGAGGAUGAUGAGAUGAUUGAAUAAGUCCUUUGUAAAACAAUGCUAAUGGAGAAACCUUUGGUGCUAUGUAAAGAGUUCCAGCUUUGAGUCAUUCUGGGGUUUCUAGCCCCUGCUUUUGUCAAGCAGACAAAUACAGACUGGAUGAAAACAUUACGAGAAAUGCUUGAAAAAUAUAAGAAUUUGAUGUCUGAGUUCAUGAAGUUCAGUCUCAGAUUUUAAACGGUGAA